CGUCGGUGGCGGUGGCGGGCAGGACUGGGCAUGCUCAGUGGCGGGGACAGGUCUGGGAGGCGAGGAAGCCGCAUUUGAAGUGGCUCGGCCUGGGGAUGAGGGGGAGGCGGGCGCCCCGGCCGGGGUCCGCGGAGGUUCCCGGUGCGGCACGCGAGGCCGACAUGCUGCGGGCGGGAGCAGCCAGCCCGGCGCGCGGAGGCCAGGUCGCGGAAGACACGGGGGCGCCGGCGGGAGGAGGGGAGGAGCGCCCGGGCCGCCAGCCCCCGGCCGCGGCGCCGAGGCUGCCGGAUAGCAAGCCGCUGGGAGGAUCGGAGGAUAGGAGGACGCCCGACCGUGACCUCCAGCGAGGCCGCCUGAGCCGGAGCCCGCGCACCGCCCCGCCAGCCCCGGGCAUGGGCGACCGCGGCGCGCAGCAGGAGCGCGCGGCCCUGCAGUCCCCGGGGGGCCCCGAGGGCGCCGCGGCCGCCGUGAACGGGCUGCUGCACAACGGCUUCCACCCGCCGCCGCCCGCCUGCAGCCGCGACCCGCCGCCCGCACGCUUCCAGCUCUUGUCCGAGCUGCAGCCGCAGCCGCUGUUCUCCCAGCAUGACUCUCCGGCCAAGAAAUGCCGGCUGCGGAGGAGGAUGGACUCCGGGAGGAAGAACAGGCCGCCAUUCCCGUGGUUUGGUAUGGAUAUUGGCGGAACCCUGGUUAAGUUGGUUUACUUUGAACCAAAGGAUAUCACAGCAGAAGAAGAGCAGGAAGAAGUGGAGAACCUGAAGAGCAUCCGGAAGUAUUUGACUUCUAAUACUGCCUAUGGCAAAACUGGGAUCCGAGACGUCCACCUGGAACUGAAAAACCUGACCAUGUGUGGGCGCAAGGGGAACCUGCACUUCAUCCGCUUCCCGACCUGUGCCAUGCACAUGUUCAUCCAGAUGGGCAGCGAGAAGAACUUCUCCAGCCUCCACACCACCCUCUGUGCCACGGGAGGUGGGGCUUUCAAGUUUGAGGAGGACUUCAGAAUGAUUGCCGACCUGCAGCUGCAUAAACUGGACGAACUGGACUGUUUGAUUCAGGGCCUGCUUUACGUUGACUCAGUUGGCUUCAACGGCAAGCCAGAAUGUUACUAUUUUGAAAACCCCACAAAUCCUGAGUUGUGUCAAAAGAAGCCAUACUGCCUUGAUAACCCAUACCCUAUGUUGCUGGUUAACAUGGGCUCAGGUGUCAGCAUUCUAGCAGUAUACUCCAAGGACAACUACAAACGAGUUACGGGGACCAGUCUUGGAGGCGGGACAUUCCUAGGCCUGUGUUGCUUGCUGACUGGUUGUGAGACCUUUGAAGAAGCUCUGGAGAUGGCAGCUAAAGGCGACAGCACCAAUGUUGAUAAGCUGGUGAAGGACAUUUACGGAGGAGACUAUGAACGAUUUGGCCUUCAAGGAUCUGCUGUAGCAUCAAGCUUUGGCAACAUGAUGAGUAAAGAAAAGAGAGAGUCCAUCAGCAAGGAAGACCUCGCCCGUGCCACACUGGUCACCAUCACCAACAACAUCGGCUCCAUUGCUCGGAUGUGUGCGCUGAAUGAGAAUAUUGACAGAGUUGUAUUUGUUGGGAACUUUCUCAGAAUCAAUAUGGUCUCAAUGAAGUUGCUAGCGUAUGCCAUGGACUUUUGGUCUAAAGGACAGCUGAAAGCACUGUUUUUGGAACAUGAGGGUUAUUUUGGAGCUGUUGGGGCCCUGUUGGAACUGUUCAAAAUGACUGAUGCGCAGUAGAUGAAACAGCCUCCCAUGGGGACAGAGAACUGACAGACACUGCCAGAGAAGGUGACAUCUCCUUGGGACAGAAGCCAAGCCACUGUGGUGGAUGAACCUGCUGUAUUUGUAAAUAACUUAAAAUCCUAGAUCUUUUGCUCUUAGGUUUCCAGCUUAUGAUACAAAAUGGGGAAUAUAAUAAUUUUUUUCUGUAUACUGUAUUUUUUAAAAAAGAAAUUGUGCAGCGUGGCCAAACCUGCCAAGUUCAUGCAUUAACUUUGAAAAGUUGUGCGAUGUUUAAGAGGGGCCUGAAAUGAAAGCGCUGUUCACUUUUCUUCUGGGGUUUACUGAUCAUUGCGGUAAUUUGAACUUCAUUUAGUAAUUACUCUAGGAGAUUUUACCUUUACUUAUAUUUUUUCAUGACGUUUCAUGAUUUGCUCUUGGUUUCAAAUGAAACUACGAAUCUGGCAUGUUGCACUGUGAACACUUUGUUUGUUUGUUUACUCUCUUCUCUUAUCCUUUCUGUUUCAUGUCUUAGGACAAAAAAAAAAAAGUCCUCCUCCUGUUUUUGUCCCCUGUGAUCUCACUCUUAUCUAUCUAUACGCUUUCCUUGUUGUGAUUGCUCAUGUGAAUCAAGGUGCUGACCAACUCAACACAAAGUUAAACACAUAAUCUGAAGUUCUAAAAAUGUGACUGCAGUGAGAAGACUUUAUAGGAAAGGGUUAAUGAAAGUGGCAAACACUGAACAUUAUAUGCAAUUUUAUCUUUGUCUUCUUACCCCUCAUAGUUAUAAUGUUUCAUUGGAUUUACUUUACACUACGUUAAAAUAGUCUGUCAUAAAUUAUCCUCAUUUCUGUAUGCUGUAUGAAUGGCAGCAAAUCCCUGUGUAAAGUUUGGAGGGGCUCCCAUAGCUAAUCUGGUCACACUAGAUUUAGGGGAAGUCAUGAGUUGAGGUGUCAGAAAUAAUGAUCUGUUUUGUACAUGUUUGUACCUAGGAACCAUGUAACAAGACAUCAUGAGUAAUAAUGUUAAAGUUUUUUUUUUUUUAAAUUUCUGUGUUAGUAUUUAAACUGAGAUUUGUACUUUAUUUCAUUUCUAAACUUAAAUAUAAUUUAUGAUACUCACAUAUAGAGACAUUUCCUUCUGAAAGGUUUUCAUUAAGCUAGAUGGGUCACUUUCAAAUGAGGAUGUUGUAUGCACACUGUAACCCAAGAUCUAACAGUCUUUUGGAUUGAGGGAACCCUCACAAGGGCUUUUUAAAAGGCAAUACAGUUACUCUUUGGUCAAUCUUCACCUCUCUACCUUACGGAGCACCACCUUUCAUUUCCAUAUCCUUGAGUCUUGAAGAAGUUGAUGCUAAUGGAAGAAUUCACUUGUCUGGUUUAAAUAAAGCCCGUUUCUGUUGGGAUGUUUUUAGUGUA